CGACACUUACAACAUACACACUCCCCCGGAAUCUCCCCGUCAAUCCUAAUUAUUCCCACAUAUUCAUUGUUCGCAUGGUAUCGGUAACCCGCAAACGCAUUCAGGGCAAUCACCGCCGCGGAUUGCGGCGUCCCGGCAGCGACGCGAGUCGCGAAACCCUCGGUGCCUUGGGCCUGGCGUUCCUCAGUGUCGUCUUUAUCGCUUACGCCGUUCUGGGUACGACGGACGAGACAACACCGGUGACGCCGGUCCACGCCACUCCCGACACUGUCCCUGGAGAACGGGCGGUAGCCUGGGGGCGGGGGGAUCCGGAACAUCCGCGAUUGCGCAUCGCAUCGUCCGCGGCCGAUCCGCUCCGGACGGUACCCGACGACGCCAACGGCGAAGCUUACAACGCCGUGGCGUUGGAUAUUCUCCAAGUUCUCAAUUGUCAACAACUUUUGAAUACCACGAGUUCUCCGAACGACGAAGUCGUGGACGAUGCCUCGUGGCGCCGGCGUCUCGAACAAGUCACCACGGAUUCGCGAGACGAAGAAGAAGAAGAACGCAUCGAGUCCGAGCUGGAGGACCAAGACGACGACUGGCACGGUGGGUUGGUGUCCAAUCCCACCGGGAUGCAUCUCUUUUGUUUGGCAGCCUUGGACGAGUCCGAGUCCAACGCCGCUAUUGCGCAAGUCUGGAAGUCCAAGAUUCACUGUGACGCCACGCACACCAAACAAAGGGCGUUACUAGAUCUAUGGUCCACCGCACGCACCGAACUCAGCAAGAUCGUCCUGGAACAAACCCUCCGCUUGGUGGAAGAAACCGAACGCGACCUUUUGGGGACCAACCUACACCUCUGGGCGCCCGCACGCGACUCCGGCAUCGACUACACUCUACGGAUCCUCAACGACCCGGACGCCGGAUCGGCCGACCGGGGUGGGGUGCUGGGUCUCGACGAAAAUCUCGGCGUCGACAAGCUCUGGGUCGACGUUGGUUCCGGAUUGGGACUCACGUCCAUGGCCAUUGCCCUACUCUACCCCGGCACGCACAUUGUUACCGUGGAAGCCGCCAAACCCAACUGGCUCCUCCAAAACAUGAAUUGGGAGUGCAACGACUUUCCCCAUCAGAGUCGGCGGGAUGUCUUGUUGGCCGGCGUCGGGCCUAGUACGCACACUUCGCUCCUCGCCAAGUUCAUCUGGCGACCCACCGCCACCACUUCUACGCGUUCCUGGACCCCUAGCUCGGAACGAACCCCCGACGACCUCGAACUCGCCGUCAAACUCCGCCCCUGGACUCAAAUCCUUCGCGAAGCCGAUAUACCCCGCGACAAAAUCGACGUCCUCAACGUGGACUGCGAAGGUUGCGAGUACAAUCUCAUCCCCUCCCUGGACGACGCCGACCUCGAUAACAUUUCCACCAUUAUGGGUAACGUACACUGGGGCUACAUUCCGCUCGCCAAAAAGCCUUCCUCGAGUCGGGCCCGACUCACCCACCAACGCCUCUGCGUACACGAAAACUUUGCCGCUCUCGCCAAGGAAUGUUGCGCCUUUCCCGAUCUACCCGUCGUGUCCUCCGUAGCGGGAGAAAUACUCGUACACGAACGAGACAAUGCCGACCAGGCCUCCCCAGUUUUCCCCGCCAAAGCCUCCACCGUGGUCGACGUGGCCGGUCCCCUCUGCGACGGGUUCGACGAUUGGGCCCGUGAAAAUGACCUCGACACGGUGGAAUCUGAUUGGGGAUGGUUCCAGAUUACCAGCAUGGCUGAGGAAGAUUAA